AUGUCUCAUAUUCUAUUCUUCUCUCAUUUCUUCUUGCAUUCCAAUAUCUUCCAAUUAGGUUCGUUUUAUUUGCCUUAUGAAAUCUGUCUUCCCUCCUACCUCGACUCACUCUCUAAUUUGCUUUAUGUCUUCUAUUUAUUUUCUUUCUUUUUUUUUUGUCUUAAUGUUUCUUUCUUCCUAUUGUCUCUUUACUUCUUUCUUUUUUUUAUUUCCUUCAUUAUCUUCGAUAUCCUACUUUUAAUUCGUAGCGCCUGUCUCUUUUGUUUCAGUUUCUUUUUCUGUUUUUUGGGGUUUUUUUUCUUUUUUCUUCCAGUCACCUUUUCUUACUUCGUAAUGCAAAUUCUAAAUUUCUUUUCUUUACCGCCUAUCUCUUCACUUCCCUUCUUUUUCUCUCUCUCUCUUUCUUUCUUUCUUUCUUUCUUUCUUUCAAAAUCUUUUUUUUUUUACCUCGUAGUGUCUGUCUUUUCAUUUUUUUUAUUUUUUCUCCUCUUUCUUUCUUCAUCCAACCAUUUUUUCUUUCUUCGUCUUGCAAAUUCUUCGCUUUUCUUUCUUUUUUCUUUCUUUCUUUCUUCUUUUUUUUUUUUUCGUCCGCUUUUUUAG